UUUUCGGCCUCCCGCGUGUCCCACUUUUGGUUGGAUUCAACCCUCCGCCGUUUCGCUCACUCACUCGCUCGCCUUCUUCGUCUUUCUCUUUCUUCCCCAGACAAUCCCACCAUCGACAACCCAUCCUCGACAACUAACCGCGACCACCAAUUUUCUCGACUCUAUUUCGCGAUUCUUAGCCCUUCCACUUCGAUCGGAUUGAAUUUACAGAAUAAUCUGGAGGGGUUCCCUCAUCGGUAUCGGAUAACCCGGAGUCAUUCAUUGCAUGGCUCUACGAUAAUCCACCGACCGGUAUCGUCCUCUUGAUUGACCUACACCAUUCCCGCUGCUCGAUAGUCUUGAGGAACACAGAGGGCCGACCAUCCUCAUUCUUCCAUCAUGUCUGAAUACAACGGUCGUCCGGCCCCGAACUUCUCCCAAUACUUGGAAGAUCUGAACGCUAUCCCAUCACCGUAUGACCAGGCCGUGCAGCAGCAACAGCAGGACUCCUAUAAUUUUGAUGCCGAUCUUUCUCUUUUUACCAAUACUGAGUUCUUCGACUUUGAUCAUUUCGGCGACAUCAACUUGCCUGCGUUCGAUUCGGUAGACGAGACCACGGUGAAGAAGGAGGCCACACAAAAUGCCAAUUCCGACAUGGACUUCUUGAAUCUCUUGGGAGGCUUUGGCAACGUAAACGACAUCCCUCCCUCCAAUGCGAAUGCCGUCAACGCGCAGCCUAUGCCCCCUCGAAACCAACAGUUCGCCGCCCUUCCGCCCUUGCCGAACGCUCCUUUCAAUGCGAACCCCGCUCCUAGCCAGGCGUCUUCGCAACAUUCUCCGCAGUCAUUGGCAUCGAUGUCCUCUCCCGCUGCGACCGCUGCUACGACCAACGCUCCUUCCACAUCCACCACCGCCCCAAAGCGCAAGAACACCCAGAAGGCCCCACAUAUGAGCGUGGAAGAGGUUGCCCGUAUUGCGGCGGAGGAAGAUAAACGCCGGCGCAACACCGCCGCCAGCGCCCGCUUUCGUGUGAAGAAGAAGAUGCGCGAGCAGGCUCUCGAGAAAACCGUCAAGGAGACCACGGAGAAGAACACGGCGCUGGAGGCUCGCGUCACAGCCCUGGAAUUGGAGAACCAGUGGCUGAAGAACCUCAUCACAGAGAAGAACGGGCAGACCUCGGAAGAGGCCAAGAAGUCAGAGAACGAUAUCGCCAUCAUGUUCCAGAAGUUCCUUGCAUCACAACAGAAGGACAGCGAACGGAGUAGUUCCGACUCCAAUAUUGGUGUAGGCACAGCCUAGUAAUGCUUCUUCUGUUUCGUCUUCUGUCCGCCUGCGUGCAAGCGCUUCCUAAUCUUCCAUCCCUCUUCUUUUUCUUCUCUUCUUCUCUUGUAGAUCUUCACGUUUUCUGCCAGGAAUUCUCCAUCUCAGUCAUUUUUUACUUGUGAUGCUUCAUGUUAAUAUUGGCUGGUGUACGUGUGUGGAGAGUGUCUGGCGCAUGCGGAGCCUGUCUAUGACAAGAACGGUUCUAGGGGUGUGCUAGCCAGGAGGCCAGCGUGCUAUUCCAGUUGCUUAAGUCGGACCUCUGCAGUACGAAUCCCAGGUGGCUUAGUCCAUUGUGAUUUCUCCUCUUAUAAUAGUAUGAUAAUGAAUGAUACCGAAG